AUGGUUGCGUCUACCUCCGCGCGUGCACCCUCUCCGCCGCCGCCCGGUCCUCGUCCCAUACGACGCUUGCAAGAGUCCGUGAUCAAUCGCAUUGCCGCCGGCGAAAUCAUACAUAGGCCAGCAUCAGCGCUCAAGGAACUCAUUGAGAAUAGUCUCGAUGCUGGCGCGACUUCGAUCAAAGUCACCGUUAAAGAGGGCGGGAUGAAGUUGCUCCAGAUUCAGGACAACGGCUGCGGCAUCCGGAAAGAGGAUUUGCCCAUCCUCGCAGAACGCUUUACCACCUCGAAGCUUGCUACGUUCGCGGACCUUUCGCGCCUCACGACUUACGGAUUUCGCGGGGAGGCACUCGCAUCCAUAUCCUACGUGUCCAACUUGACCGUGGUUACUAAGACCAAAGCGGAUAGCUGUGCAUGGAAAGCAUGCUAUGCGGAUGGCGCGUUGACCCCGGUCAAGGCUGGCGCGAGUUCUGACCCUAAACCAUGCGCGGGCAACGAUGGGACAACCAUAACUGUUGAGAACUUGUUCUACAAUACUCCGACGCGUCUUUCAGCUCUUCGCGGCUCCUCCGAGGAAUACACGCGUAUUCUUGAUGUGGUCACCCGAUACGCUGUUCACAACCCUCUUGUCUCUUUCACAUGCAAGAAGACCGGAAGCCCUUCGCCCGAUGUCUCUACGCCAUCCUCUUCCACAACUGAACAAGCGAUUCGCUUGCUGUAUGGCCAAACUCUCGCCAAAGAACUCUUGCACGUCUCCGUCUCUCCGUCAUCCAAAGGCAAAGGCAAAGCCUCAGCGGCGCAGGAUGAUGCCAGCGAUGACGAAGACGAAGACGCAGACGACUCCUGGAGCGCUGAGGCGCACUUCACAAAUGCAAAUUACCAGGCAAAGAAGAUGACAUUCCUGCUGUUCAUCAACCAUCGCCUUGUCGAGGCCUCAAGGAUUAAGAGAGCGCUCGAGGCGGUGUACAACGGCGUCCUAGCCAAAGGCGCUGCCCCAUUCGUAUAUCUGAGCUUGCAAAUAGACCCGCGCUCCGUCGAUGUGAAUGUCCACCCCACCAAGAAAGAGGUGCAUUUUCUAGACGAGGAUGCCAUCAUCGAGCGCAUCGCCGACGUCGUGCAAGACGCCCUCAUCGGCCAGAGCCAGUCAAGAGUGUUCGAGUAUCAGACGCUGCUCACUGGUGGCAUCGCCGAGCCUGCGUCCCAGAAAUCGGCGGGGAAACGCAAGGCGCGGGCAGAAGAUGAGAUUGCGGAAGAGGGCGCUGAGGGAUAUGCUGCAAGUCAUGACAGCACCCCCGGAGGCAGCCAGGGCGCUCCUGCGGCCUCGCAGCCGGCUAAGCGCAAGGUGUACUCCCAGCACAAGAUCCGCACGUCGCUGCAGGAGCGCACGCUCGAUUCGAUGUUUCCCAUCGCGCACCCAUCGCAGCGGACGGGGAGCGGCGAUGUGGACGGCGUGGUGGGGACCCCCGGGACGCCGCCGGUGCUGAGGGGCAAGGAGAUUAAGGAGUCUCUAUGCUACCUCAAGUCCGUCAAGGACCUCCGCAGCAUCGUCCUGAAGCAGAACCACUACCAGCUCAGCGAGAUCCUCGCGAAGCACACUUUCGUCGGCAUAGUUGACGCCCCGCGCUGCCUCUCGCUCGUGCAGCACGGGACACGGCUGUACCUGCUCAACCACGGGGCGCUCUCUGCAGAACUGUUCUACCAGCUCGGCCUCCGACAGUUCGGCGACCUCCCACGGAUCCGUCUCGACCCCGCCCCCGAACUGCGCACGCUCGUCGCGCUCGCCGUCGAUGCCGAAGAGGGCAUCGCGAAGAGCGGGAUGAGCAAAGAUGCCGUCGUUGAUCGUAUUGUCAACAUGCUGCUCGAACGGCGUGCCAUGCUGCAGGAGUACUUCAGCCUCGGCAUCUCCGAAGACGGGCGUGUCGAGACGCUGCCUAUGCUGCUGCGCGACUACACGCCGAACCUGGACAAGCUCCCGCUGUUCCUCAUGCGCCUCGGGCCGCAGGUCGACUGGACGGACGAGCAGGCGUGCUUCGACACGUUCCUCCACGAGCUUGCGUCCUUCUACGUCCCCGAGCCGCUCCUCCCGGAUGAUGCGCGCGGGGCGAAGCCGUCCGCUGACGCGGACAUGGACGUGGAUGUCGACACAGACGCGCGCGCCGCAGACGCACAGACCGAGAAGGCGACGCAAUGGCAGGUCCAACACGUCCUGUUCCCAGCGAUGGCGCGUUAUCUCGUGCCGCCGAAGAGCCUGCUGGAGCGGGACGUGGUGCAGGUGGCGGACCUGCCAGACCUGUACCGCGUCUUCGAGCGCUGUUGA